AGCAGACGCGUCUGGCUCUGCCUCUCUGUGCCGAGCGCUGGCGAUCGGAGUCACCCGGCCUUGUUCUGAGGCUGGGCACCAAGCUCCUGUCGCUGGCUACACUGAGAGUGCUCCCAAAUUCAAACCCAGAUCCUUCUGCCAGGCAGAAGCACGGGUUCAAACAUGGAGUUUACUGGAAAAGGAAAAACCUCUGAAGGAAAAGGCCUGUCUGGCUACCCGCUUGCCAAGACGUUUUCCCUGGCCAGUCCCUCUAUGCUCCUUCCCUCCAAGCCAUUGCCUCCCAUCCAGAAGAGCUCUCCUUCUACCAAGCCAAGCCUGAUAUGCAGCAGAGAGCAGGAGAAUGGGAAAGAUGGCAUUGGCUAUGCUGAGGGCAGGAGAAAAGAAGAGGAGCUGAGUUCAGAGGGACAAGGACAUAAGGCUUCCUUGCUGUGUUCCAGUGGAGGGGAUAUGAAGAAGGGGUCAUUGGGACCACCUCUGAUCCCCCCCAUAGGCAAGGCAGUAAGUCCCUCUCUUGGCAGUGCUGCGGGCUCUCUGCAAAGCUCUCUGCAGCUGGAAUUCCAGGAGUCCCAGGGGAUGAGGUCAGGAUGCAGCAGCAGAAGCAAGGAGAACUCUGAACAUGCAGGCGUGACUAGGUUCAUUUUCUCCAAGUCUUUCCGGCCAUGUCCCUCUUCGCUCCUUCCCUCAAAGCCAUUGCCUCCCAUCAGGAUCAGCUCUCCUUCUUCUAACAAUAAUAAAAUGUACAGCAUGGAGAAAGAGAACAAGGACAUUGGCACUGGCUAUGAUAAUGACAGUAGAAAACACCAGGAGCAGAGUUCAGAAGAAAAAUGUUAUAAGUGGAGGGGAUAUGAAGAAGGGGUCAUUGGGACCACCUCUGAUCCCCCCCAUAGGCCAAGAUCCAGCAGCAGAAGCAAGGAGGAGAACUCUGAACAUGCAGGCCUCCCACUGAGCCAGGCCAAGGAGAUGGAUCAUCACACCGAUCCUGGUCUUACGCGUGACACAGACCUGAGGGAAGGUUUUGGAAAGAUCCGUGCUGCAUUGUGCAUGUUGGCUCAAAAGAACUUAGAGCGGAAGGAUGCAGAGCUUUUGGAGAGAGACAUGAAGAAAAGGAGGCAAAGGAAAACAUCCUUGCAGCCCAUUCUGGAGACAGUUGAGCCCAGGGAUGAAGCUGAAGCAAGCUUUAGCCUACCACCUGUUGAUGGCACAGCUUCUAGAGUGCAGAGAAAACAGCCUGGUAGUGCCUUGAAGAAGAAGGUCUUGAAGAAGCAGGACAAUGUGUCCUUACUGCCCAAUAGGCCCAUCAUCCAUGGGGAUGGCAGCUUCCCAUGCAGCUCCUCAGUGACCUCGCAGACGGCCACUGGUGCCCAGCGCCGAGAGGAGCCGCUCCGUGGGCAUGGGCAGAAGGACAGAGCCUCUCCAGACCCACAGCACUCCUUGCUGGAGGCACUCUCCUUGCUCGGCAGCGAUGACUGGGAGAUGAAGGAGAAGGGACUCUACAACAUCAAACACCUGGCUGGGUCCCAUUCAGAGGUCCUGCUGUGUAGACUUCAUGACGUUUGCUUGGCAGUUACCAACGAGGUGGCCAACCUCCGUUCCAAGGUGUCCUACUCUGCAAUUGUCACUCUGGGAGAGCUCUUUGUGACCUUGAAGAAGAACAUGGACUCUGAGGUGGAUGAGGUUGCUCGGGUCCUUCUGCAGAUGGUGUCCAACUCCCCAGAAUUUGUUCAGAAAGCAGCCAGUCAGACCCUGGGGAUCAUGGUGGAGAAUGUGACUCCUGCACGAGCAAUGACUGCUCUCAUGGACAUGGGAGUCAAGUAGGUUGUUCUUCUUUUAGUGAUAUUCUUCACCUUCUAGUGUGUGGGAGGGAGAAGGGAUGAGACAGAGAAUGGGAAUGGUGGGAGGGAAGGGUCCUGUAUGCUGCAUCUUCUGUGAACUCAGUGACUUCAUUCUCCAAUCAACGUCAUUUCUCUCUUCUUGUCACCUGUUUCUGCCCUCCUGCAGCCUAUUAGUUCUCAGAAUCCCAGAACUUUAGAAUAUGGGGAGUUGGAAGGGGCUCAUCAGGACCAUUGAGUCCAGCUCCUGGCCUUGCACAGAACAGCCCAAGGGUCACACCAAGUGCCUGAGAUUGUUGUCCAAAUGUUUCUUCAACUCUGUCAGGCUUGGUGCUGUGACCACUGCCCUGGGGAGCCUGUUCCAGUGCCCAACCACCCUCUGGGUGAAAAACCUUUUUCCUGAUACCCAAAUGAAAGCUCCUCUGACUCAGCUUCCUGCUGCUUCCUGGAGUUCUCCCAGGCUGUCAGAUUUUCCUAGCUGUGGUGACUGGUGGGGAAGUGAAAGUGCCUGCAAAGCCUGAGGAUAGAGCCUUGUGCUUUUGUGGCAAGAGGGACAAUUGCAAUUGCAGCUGUGAGUGGUGUUUGGUAUUUCACAGCACUAACCACAGGGGCCCUGGGAAAACCAUGUCUCCUCAUGAUGCCAUUAGCUUGAGAAAGGAGGAGGGUACUUGCUGGGGUGUGGAGCACAUGGGGGACAAUCUGCUGGGUGUGGCACAGCCUGCACAGCAGGUGCAGCUCCUGCCAAAAGGAGUUUUGUAUGACUGUCCUGGCCAUAGAACUCUACUUUCUAUUCAAACUCAUGUUUCAUGUUAGCCUUGGGAUGAUGAAUCACUUUAAAGGCACCUUCACAGCCUGACUGCCAUGGAACAGUUGAAGCACAUGCUGCCUUAAAUGUUGGUGCUGGGCCUGAUAGUUCCCAAGAGACACUCUCUAGAACAGGACAGCCUGGUUAAACUGCCUGUCCCUCCUUUCCUCAGCUUUGGAAUAGGGUAAAACAUUCAGAUGUAUCCGUUGCCAAGCCUCUCAGAAGAAACAGGCUGCAUUGCUGGAUAUUCUGCAACUUCAUGGCCCACAACAUGUUUUCCCUGCAUUUGUUUCUUCCCAGAGGUCUGCAGAUUUGGGGAUCAUGGGUGGAA